AUGAGAGUCAAGAAUGCUUCACUCUCCUCUGUAGAGAGACCCGCGACCCCUUCCGCGAAGGAGGCCCUGGCUGCUCACCCUGUCCUGCCAUCGACUUCACCCGCAACAACGCGAACUCCUCGCAAUAAACGUCCAGUAUCGUCCUAUCUGUCGUUUGGUUCGAGUAUGGACUUCGAUGUCGAGGCUAAGGCUGAGGCUGCGGCGCCUGCCGAGUGGAAGCCUACCAAGAACGAGUUGCUGGUUGUGGUCAGCCUGAGCUUCACCUCGCUUAUGGUCGCUCUGGACGCGACUGUCCUUGUUGCUGUGCUGCCGGAAAUCGCUCACUCGCUCAACGGAACUUCAGCAGAAGCAUUUUGGGCGGGCACAGCUUAUCUUUUGAUCUCUGCGAUCUUGCAGCCUGUCAUUGCCUCGAUAUCCUCCAACUUUGGUCGCCAGCAGAUGCUGCUGCUCUCCCUGGUCUUUUUCACCUUCGGAACCAUUCUUUGUUCUGUUGCUCACAACUUCACUGUACUGCUCACCGGUCGCUCCGUACAAGGCAUUGGCAGUGGUGGCAUCAUCAUCGUCACCCAGGUGAUCUUCUGCGACAUCGUUCCCUUGAGACAGCGACCGAAGUACUUUGCUAUGGUCCUCGGUGCCUGGUCUAUCGGAAGCAUUGUUGGUUCAGUCUUUGGUGGUUCACUGAUCGAGAAGGUAUCAUGGCGCUGGUGCUUCCAUAUCAACUACCCAUUUUGUGGUAUCGGAUUCGUCGUGGCGGCCUGCUUCGUCCGCAUGAAUGCCACGGCUGAGCUCACGUUCGCGCAAAAGCUGAAGCAGACUGAUUGGAUUGGUGCCUUACUCUUCAUUGGCAGCUUCACCAGCUUCCUCGUUAGUCUCUCCUUUGGCGGCGUGCAGCACCCCUGGACAUCCGCUGCUACGCUCGCGCCUUUGAUUGCAGGUGUCGCGGAUAUUAUCUCCUUUCUCUGUUGGCAGUUGUACAGAAAGCCCCACAGCUUGCUGCCAAUGUCGAUAUUCUACGACUGGUCAGCUAUCGCCGCAUUCUACAACGCCAUGAUCAACGGUCUCCUCUUCACAGCUCUCUAUUACAUUCCCUUUUUCUUCAUGUCUGUUCGUGCUCAAUCACCGACUAAAGCAGGCAUCGACCUGUCCCCUGCUGUGUGUUUCCUCGUUCCUGGCUCUAUCGUCGUGGCCGCUUUGACUGGGAGGCUUGGACGGUUUCGAUGGGCCAUCUGGCUCGGUUGGGCUAUCACAACAACUGCCUGCGGUCUCUUCAUCAUCAUCGACCUCCAGACCAGACUCGUCGUUAUCGCUGUGGCUCUUGCCCUCCUUGGCAUUGGUUCCGGCAUGGUGUUGACCAGCAUCAAUGUUGGCAUCCAGGCCAUAUCCAAGCUGUCCGGUACCGUCUUCCAGAACGCAAUGUCAAGCAGAUUGACUGCGCUCGGUCUUCCCACACCAAUUGCCCAUGACUUCGAACAGGAUGUGUUCGUUCUCCGAAUCAUGGCAGAUGUUGCGCAGAAGACGGCGGUGCUCGAGUCCCAUAUGCAUGGAUUCCAUGCUGUAUUCAUCUUCAUCACAGCAGUCUCAGGGAGCGCGUUGGCCGCCAGCUUCGUCUUCCGCAAGUUUAGCAUGGACAAGGUCCUGCUGACAGCAUAUUCGGUCAAAUGA